AGAUAGGUAUAAACUGCAUUUAAAUCUUUGUGUUUCGGUGUUUUGUUCUAAUUUUUUUUUUUUUUUAUGCCUGGGAACCCUGGGGACGAUCUGUUGCUUCUCCCGAGAUGGCUCCCAAGGAGGGGAAGGAGAAAGGCGGAGGGGGGGAGGAGAGGAAGAGGGCCCGCACUCAUAGCUUGUCAAUUUUAACAUUUGGUCACGUGAGCAGCGCCUCCCUGCUAAGGAAGGGGAAAGCUUUCCACGUCAGCUUUACGUCUCCCAAUUUCUUACUUCACGGCUCAGCUUCCAAGAGACAGCUGCAUUAGAGCGUCAUGUUAAGCUCGACUAAUGCGGAAAACCCGAGGUAGCCAGCCUCGUUAUGGAUUUGGACGAGCGAGUACCUUGCUCCUCGAAUAUGUAUUUGCCCAGUUGUACUUACUACGUUUCCGGCCCUGACUUCUCCGGCCUCCCUCCCUUCCUGCCCCAGAGCCCGUCUUCUCGCCCCGUGCCCUACUCCUAUCCGUCCAACCUGUCCCAAGUGCCACCCGUGCGAGAAGUGACUUUCCGGGACUAUGCCCUGGAGCCGGCCAGUAAGUGGCACCCCCGCAACAGCCUCCCCCACUGCUACUCCUCCGACGAGCUCAGGCACCGGGACUGCCUCCCGCCCGCCGCCGCCGUGGCCGCCGCUGCUGCCGCCGCUGCCGCCAACCGGGGCGAAAUGUUCGGGAAGACCGCGGCCGGCGGCGCCUACCACCACCCGGCCACUUCCGCAGUCUCCGCCGCGGCUGCGGCCUCGUCCAGUUUCUAUAGCCCGGUGGGCAGGAACGGGGUGCUGCCCCAGGCUUUCGACCAGUUUUUCGAGACCGCGUACGGCCCUGCAGAGAACCCCUCGGACUACGCGGGCGACAAGGGCACCACCGGGGGGAAGAAUCCGUCCUCAGGAGCCCCCGCCGCUUCGGGAGUUGCUGCAGCUGCGGUGUCGAGUUCGGAGACUGCUUGCGACCGGGAGGCGGCGGGGGAGAAGGAGAGGCGGAGAAGGGCCGAGAGCAGCAGCAGCAGCAGCCCCGCUUCGUCUUCCGGCAACAACGAAGAGAAAUCCAGCAGCUCCAGUGGACAACGCAUCCGUAAAAAGAGAUGUCCAUACACCAAAUACCAGAUUAGAGAAUUAGAAAGGGAAUUCUUCUUCAGUGUCUAUAUAAACAAAGAGAAACGUCUUCAGCUCUCACGAAUGCUCAACUUGACCGACCGUCAAGUAAAAAUAUGGUUUCAAAACAGAAGAAUGAAAGAGAAAAAAAUUAAUAGGGACCGACUGCAGUAUUACUCAGCUAAUCCAAUACUUUAAGCUUAAAACUUGUAGUGUUUUUCUAUAUGAGAUUGAAUUCAGAUGUCAUCCUUGGUAAGGUCAAGCCACAGGGUUACCAAUAAGAAGGAGGUGUGCAGAGGCUAGGAGGACUGUGAAAAACUAAGGUGUUUUUCUACCCUACCUCCAACAUUGACCAACUGGUGUGUUUUGUUGUUGUUGUUGUUGUUGUGGCUGGGUUUUCUUUUCAAGUGGUUUUCUUCAUCUUUACACAUGAAGUGGAAUCCAUUUAACUCUUGGACCACCCUUUGCAAAAGCCAUUGUAUCCCUACAACUUCUUCCAAUUGGGGUGAGCACAUGUGAAAAGCUGGGAGCGAAUUCCUGGCUUCACAUUGUGGUUGUGGAUUGAAAACUAUGUUACCUUAAUUGUGGAAAGUCCGUGGGAAGAUUCCUCAGGGCAUCAUACAUGCUGGAGGACAACUUCAAAAGGAAAUGUCCCAAGUGCCUGCCGUCUCUACUUAGGCAAUCCCUGACCAUCUAUUUGUCCUCCUGAAUGACAAAUUAUUAUUUCUCUCCACAAUUAUACCCCUGCCCCUCAGACAGAACAAUUUCCUUUUGAAAAGACUUCAGGUAAUAAUUUGCCAUAUAUGGUAAAGAAGCAAUCACAGAAAAGACAGCACGGGUAGACUUGUGAAAUAACUUCCAUUUUAAUGAAUAACAAUAUGGGAGACAAAUCAUUAUGCCAUUAUUUAAAUACUAAAAGGGAAUAAAAACUUUCUUAAACCUGUGUGGGAGGAGAAAAGACAAAAGAUUACAAUAACAGUUUUAAAAUGAGAAAGUUAAAAUUUAAAAUGAGAGAGAGAAGUUUUUGAUUUCUGUCUCAGAAACUUUCUUCAAGAAAUAUAUCUAGAAAAGUACGGUUUUGGCAGAUAUCAGACCAUGUUUAAUUGUAAUUUUGAUAUGUGUAAUGCACUGAAAUCAAAGAAUGAAAACCACUAGUAUUUCAUAAGAAGGCCCACUAGAAGGCAAUGUAAAUAGAGGGAAUUUGUUGUCAUAUAUUAUAGUUAGCCUCAUAUGUCCUACUUAGCUGUUAAGCAGCAAAAUUAAAAAUUAAGACUUUUUGGAGUGUGGAUGUGGAUGUGUAUAUACACCUACACAUGUACACACACACACACACACACACAUAUAUAUAUAUAUAUUUAUAUAUAUAUAUAAAUAUAUAUAUAUAUAUAUAUAUAUAUCUGAAGGAACCAAAGAGGGUGUGAGGGGGAAAGAGACAUUGUUUUAACAGAAAGAAAGCUAUUUAAAGUUCUAUAUCAGUUUACAAAGGAUAUUGUGUUUUAUUGUAAAGGUCACUUACUGUUGAGAAUAUCUGAAUGUAUGAUUCAUACCAUAAUGGUGUUUUAUAAAACUUGUAUGAUUUAAAAUGGUUUUGUUGCUAUUUUCCUAAUAUUUUAAGUGGUUGUUUCACUUGGAAGGUGUCAGAUUUUUCUUUUCUUGUUUAAGCUAUAAACUAUCAAGGCUGUUUUUACACUGCUUCCAGAAUGGAUAAAAUUUCUUUUGCGGUUGAUGAAUUGCAAUACUUUUACAUUCUAUCACUGUUCUGGGGAGGGGAGAAACCUGUAUUUUGUAUGUAUAUACCGUUUCCUUUGAAUAUGGGAAAGCUUUUCCUUGCAUGAGUACAGUGGAAUCCUGCACAUUGGAAAUAAAUAUGUGAGAAAUUUACAGGGUUUUUUUUAAAGAUUUAUGAUGCACUCAUGGAUCUUCUUUGACCUAGACUGGAAAUCUGAAACAUGAGUUUUGAGUUAAUUGCUUUGGUGGAAAUCCCGCUCACCUAUUGGUUGUACUGAAUUCUGAGAAGCCAGGAGAUCAAGUCUGGUAUUUAUGAAUGCGUGGGCAGACUGCUGCUGGUACCAGGCCAGGUUUGAAUAGAUUGCAGAGAAAGGGGUGGAAGCAGGGGCAAUCCGCCUUGAAAUAAUUGCAGGCUAUAGAC